CGCUGCAGACCGCCGGGGGGCGGGGGAUGCCGGGCUGCCGCAUCAGCGCCUGCGGCCCGGGGGCCCAGGAAGGGACGGCAGAGCCGGGGUCCCCACCGCCGCCGCCCCGGGAGCCCUUGUCGUCCCCUCAGCCCCCGCCCCCAACUCUGACCUUGCCCCCGACGCUGGCUCAGGCCUCGCCGCUGCCGGAGGCGGCCCCGGCGUCGGCGGUCUCUGCCGAAGGGCAGGAGCUGCAGCGCUGGCGCCAGGGCGCUAGUGGGGGUGCGGGGGGCACCGGCGGCCCGGGCGCGGCGGCAGCCGGGGCUGCGGGGCGCGCCCUGGAGCUGGCCGAAGCGCGGCGGCGACUGCUGGAGGUGGAGGGCCGCCGGCGCCUGGUGUCGGAGCUGGAGAGCCGCGUGCUGCAGCUGCACCGCGUCUUUCUGGCGGCCGAGCUGCGCCUGGCGCACCGCGCCGAGAGCCUGGGCCGCCUGGGCGGCGGUGUGGCGCAGGCCGAGCUCUACCUGGCGGCGCACGGGUCGCGCCUCAAGAAGGGCCAGCGCCGCGGCCGCCGCGCCCGCCCGCCCGCGCUGCUCGCCUCGGCGCUCGGCCUGGGCGGCUGCGUGCCCUGGGGCGCCGGGCGCCUGCGGCGAGGCCACGGCCCCGAGCCCGACUCGCCCUUCCGCCGAAGCCCUCCCCGCGGCCCCGCUUCUCCCCAGCGCUGACCUAGCGCCGGGACUCCUGACCACCCCGACCGGCCAUCGCCAAGGUGCUGACCGACGGAUUGAGAACACUGGCUGGAUGUCACCGACGCGGAUGGACGGACUGACCGACCACAGGAAGAGACAGUCGGGGGGCCGGGGGCCCAGUAAAGGAGGUUGAGCUCCUCCCAGCUCCUCUGAGCCUUCACUCUGUGGAUCUGGACUCCUGGAUUCUGCUCCUUCCCUGAGCACCCGCUGCGGGAAGACUUCUCCAGUCUACCCGAUACAACCUCGGAGCCCUCCUCACUCCCAGGAGCCCUUCACGUUACAGUGGCAAGGGGCUGGAUUCUGGGGAAGUGGCCUGUACCGUGAAUUUCUUUAUAUAUGCCACAUUUGACUUUGGCUGACGCUGUACAACUGGAAAGGUUAUGACAGGACCCUGGGAUGCCAUCAGAUGAUUUAAGAGUGGCACAAACAUUCCCAAUGUGAAAGUGAAAAGAAUUUCUUUUGAAAAUGUAGUCAUCAUUCUUAAACAAGUCACAGGGCAUCUGGGGUCUCCACCCUGGUGGAUGCAACUGCUUCUCAGUCUAACAGCGCUGGGAGGCCUGUGUGUGGCAAGACAUUGGUCUGAGAAAUCCCUUAGUUUCCCGACGCCUCUCCAUGUGGGAGUGUGCCUGUGGAGUGUGCCUGUGGAGUGGGAGUGUGCCUCACAAAGGUGAUCGGCUGCUGGUUCCUGGGGGGACACACGUUUCUCAGGAAGAGGUAGCGGCAACAUAAAAAUUCGAAGCAAAGUUUAUAUGAAAAAAGGAAGCAUAUUUAUUCACAUACCCUGAUAGUAGAGGGAAGGGGGCCACAUUUACUCACACACAACCCAGAACUUGUAGAAUUAUGCCAAAUGAAUGCACUCUGAAUCAGUCCCCUGAUUUACACAUUCAGGAAGAAUAAAUUUCAAUGUGAGACCAA